AUGACCACCAGCGACCAGAACAUCAAAGUUAUGCUCAUUGGAUUUCCUCGAGACGUUACAGACAAAGCCGUGAACUCUCUUUUGGCGAAAUACAAUCCCGUUUCCAUUGAGAUUCCCCGAUUUGACAAAGACACCCCAUCGACGCAUUAUAUAAUUGAGACAUCGAGUACGUCUGAAGCGAAAGCCAUCAUAGCCCAGAAGAACCGUCAAAAGAUCAAUAAUGAUAAAUUGAAGAUCGUAUUUAAAAAAACAGAUGAGAAGCAGUGCACUUUACUAGUCAAAGGACUCAGUUUAGACACCCCUGAAGACGCAGUGAAGGACUUUUUCAAGGAUUUCACGUUUAUGUCUUUUUACCGUGACGUGGAGAAGAAGGGGACUUUACAAGGGAACACCAUUUACGUCACUGUGAAGAACUACGACAAGUACAAGACUUUAAAAGAUGGGCUGAAUAAAUUCAAAUUUGGAGCAACUGAACUUUCAAUAGCUCCCGCUCUGGAGAGUAAAGAGACUGUCAAGGCUUGUAUUACAGAGGAGAAGCAUAAACGGACGCAGUGCAAGUUGUGUCAAGAGUAUGGACAUAUAGCUCGCAUCUGUCCGAAGAAAGAGGAGAUCGACCGGGUAAAAGAAGAGAAAAAGAAAGCUGCAUCGGAGCGAGUCAAGAAGAUGAAAUGUUUCAUUUGUGGGGAGAUCGGGCACAGCAACCAUCGUUGUCCAAACAAAGACGGCAAGAAAAAAGAAGAAGAAGAACACGAAGAGGAAAAGAAGAUGGAAAAAUCAAAUCAGAUGAGUGAAAGUGACAAAGAAGAUGAAAACAGUGAACCUCAAGUUAACAAAGACGCCAGUGUAGAAGAUGACGUCUUUAAAGAUAUAGAAGAUAAUAAUGAAGAGAGCAAUGACGAAGAUAAUGAGUCGGAGAGUAUACAGAAAGAAGAAGAAGAAAAAGAAGAAGAACAACAGAACGAUGAAGAACAUGAGGAAAAUGAGGAAAAUGAGGAAAAUGAGGAAAAUGAGGAAAAUGAGGAGGAAGAGAUGAAGAGUAAUGAAGAUAAUAAGAGUCAGAGUAUGGAAGAGGAACAUCAAGACGAGACAAAAGAAAAGCAUCAGAAGCCAAACCCAAAAAGAGGCAGAAGAUCAAAAUUGGAAGAAAUGAGAAUUCAAGCAGCUAAGAAAAGUAAAAAAUUGGCAAAAAAAAGAAAAUAUUGA